AUGCACUGGCGACACCCUACGCCAGGGCUGUACCCCCAGACACCCACCCACCCCAGCAACACACAAACCGGGACCCAAGCCCCCAAGGCCCAGCCAGGGCCCCAGCCCAGAGACAGAGCACCCCCAGGACCCACCCAGGGGCAGCCAGGCUACCAGGACCAAAAUGGAGCGAGACGUCAGCGCUCUCAGGAGGCCGACAAACCUCACAGAAGAAAGGAACAGAAAAAAUACAGCUGUGAUGAGUGUGGGAAGGAUUUUACUAAGGCUGGAAGCUUAAAAAUACACCAACUGAUCCACAGUGAAGUUAAACCAUACAGCUGUGAUGAGUGUGGAAAGGAUUUUACUUAUGCUGGAAGCUUGAAAAGACACCAACUCAUCCACAGUGGAGUUAAAGCAUACAGCUGUGAUGAGUGUGGAAAGUCAUUUACCCUGGCUGAACACCUAAAAUCACACAAACCUGUUCACAGUGGAGUUAAAGCGUACAGCUGUGACUUGUGUGGAAGGUCUUUUACCCAUGCUGGAAGCUUAAAAAGACACCAACUUCUCCACAAUGGAGUUAAAGCGCACAGCUGUGAGUUGUGUGGACAGUCUUUUACCCUGGCCGAACACUUAAAAACACACCAACUCAUACACAGUGGAGUUAAACCGUACAGCUGUGGUUUGUGUGGACAGUCUUUUACCCAUCCUGGAAGCUUAAAAGCACACCAACUCAUACACAGUGGAGUUAAACCGUACAGCUGUGACUUGUGUGGACAGUCUUUUACCCAGGCUGCACACUUAAAAAGACACCAACUCAUACACAGUGGAGUUAAACCGUACAGCUGUGACUUGUGUGGACAGUCUUUUACCCGGGCUGGAAACUUAAAAAGACACCAAGUCAUACACAGUGGAGUUAAACCAUACAGCUGUGGUUUUUGUGGACAGUGUUUUACCCAUCCUGGAAACUUAAAAGCACACCAACUCAUCCACAGUGGAGUUCAAGCGUACAGCUGUGACUUGUGUGGACAGUCUUUUACCCGGGCUGGAAACUUAAAAAGACACCAAUUCAUACACAGUGGAGUUAAACCGUACAGCUGUGACUUGUGUGGACAGUCUUUUACCCGGGCUGGAAACUUAAAAGCACACCAACUUGUCCACAGUGGAGUUAAAGCAUACAGCUCUGAUCAGUCUGAUAAAGCUUUUACUCAUAGUAGCAGCCUACAGAAUCAUCAGGUUACCCACUCUGGAUUCAAGGCGUACAGCUGUCACAUUUGUGGAAAAACCUUCCGCUGGCCAGGCAACCGAAAUAUUCACCUACGCAUUCACACCAAAAUUGAUGUUUGCUGCUGUGAUCAGUGUGGCAAAAUUUGUGUGACAUACAAAAACUUAGAGCAGCACAUGUUUUCCCACACUGAGGAGAGACCUUAUAAAUGUGACCUGUGUGAGAAGACUUUUAAAUCUCCACAUUACCUCAAUGCACAUAUCAAUGUGGAUUUCUGCCUCCAAGCCAGAAUUGCAGGAAUGCACAACAUGUUGCAGAAGACUCUUUCACUGCCCUCUGUGCCCCACUUUCAGCCCUACUGUCAGGGCAAAGAUCGAGGAGCAUAUAAAUGGACACAUUAA